CAGGAAGACUUGUAUCCCUUUACUCCAGCUAAAGAGGACUUCGGACUGACCAUGGCAUUCGGUGGUAUCCUGAGUGAGGCUGACAUCAACUCUGCUCUGCAGAACUGCCAAGCUGCUGACUCCUUCAACUUCAAAACUUUCUUUGCCCAGUCUGGUCUGAGCAGCAAGUCCGCAGAUGAUGUGAGAAAAGUCUUUGCCAUCAUCGACCAGGACCAGAGCGGCUUCGUUGAGGAAGAUGAACUGAAGCUGUUCCUCCAGAACUUCAAAUCAGGUGCCAGAGCUUUAACUGAUGCUGAAACCAAGGCCUUCCUGUCAGCUGGAGACUCUGAUGGUGAUGGCAAAAUUGGAGUUGAAGAAUUCCAGGCUUUGGUGAAAAACUAAAUUUUUUUAAACCUGAACCUUCGAAACAUCACAAGGUUUUUGCAUUAAACUGAUACAAGUAAACCUGGUUUAGUGGAACACAGACGCCUCUUCAAUAAUUCUUCUCUUGGGACAAGUUGUGAUGUCAUCAUGUAGUAGUGGGGUCCUUUUAUUUAUCCACCAGAGAAACAUUGUUACCCUUGUCUACAGUUUAUCUAAGAGUCCCUUAGUUAAACCAACAUAUUUAUUCUCAUUUUUAUACUAAUAAUAUUAUUCAUUGUUUUCACUGUUGAGACAUUUGCAAAUCCAUGGAUUUGCAAAUCUUGCUCAAGUUUCCGUUGGACUGAAGCAGGCAUAAAAAAAGUAAUUGUUCUCAAUAAAUCAAUUUUGGAAUCAA